UGUUUUCGAUGUUAAAAUCUAUCCUUUUGGUAACCUUGUUAUGUUCAGUGGAAUGUCAAGUGAAGAUAAAGGGAAGAGUAACAUGUGACAACGUCAUGGAAUUUUACACUGAUGGAGUUUUACGUGCGGUUAGUAACGAUUGGACGCAAUCGUCUGCGAUUGACGUUGCCAAGACGACCAACGUGUACGCCUUCAAGUGCACUGACCAAGGUGUGGCCGCGGGAAUCAAGGGUGUUUUUUUGAACGGUGUCAAAACGGACGCUUCAUGGAAAUGCCUUAACACAUUUCAAGAGGGUUGGAAUAUGCCUGGAUUUGACGACAGUAGCUGGCCAGCGGCAACAUUACCCGACCCUACCAUUUGGGGAAAUAGACCAGCUGAUUUGGGCAGCGUAGCCCAGUGGAUAUGGACAGCUGGUGGGAUAUCAGACAGUGUUGUGUAUUGUCGUAAAGCAGUUAGCGAAUUUGUUCCAAACAGCCUGGAAGCCUGCUCUGCUGAACUUAUGACAUCACUAGCUUCUCUGCCAGAAAACUUGACUGGAAUCAACUCCGAAAUUAUAGCUAAUAUCACCAGUCAAUUGAGCCAGUUAGCAGUCUCCUUCCCUGGCAUCUCAACCUUCUUCCAAACCAGUCUCAACACUUCUCUAUCACCCAUCAACCUUAAAAUUGCAGCUGCCAAAUUCUUGCUGAAUGAUGAUAAGAGAUAAAUUAUCAGCUGCUAGAGGCUUACUGAAUGAUGAUGAAUGAAUAAAUAAAUAAAUUAGCAGCUGCAAGACACUUGUUGAAUGAUGAAUAAAAUAACAGCUGCAAAAACACUUGACUGAAUGAUGAUAAACAAAAUUAGCAGCUGCAAGACACUUAUUGAAUGAUGAAUAAAUUAACAGCUGCAAAAACACUUGACUGAAUGAUGAUAAACAAAAUUAGCAGCUGCAAGGCACUUAUUGAACGAUGGUGACAAGAAAUGAAAUAACAGCUGCAAAAACACUUGACUGAAUGAUGAUAAACAAAAUUAGCAGCUGCAAGGCACUUAUUGAAUGGUGACAAGAAAUAAAAUAGCAGCUGCAAAAUUCUUACUGAAUGAUGAUAAAGAGAUAAGAAUAGCAGCUGCUAGGGACGUACUGAAUGAUGAUUACAAAUAAAUAAAUUAACAGCUGC